UCCCUUUUUUCCUAAUCUUGUUAUGGAAAAAAUCAGUAUAUUACCUUGUAGUCCAAGUUUGAACGAUGGACCAAAGAGGCGACAUGACUAAAAAGCAUUCUGAAAACGACGUGGGUUUAGCCAAUGAGGGGGUAUAUCUUCGUAAAUACAGAGUUAAACCAGGGGUAUAUAUUUCAGAUUGAGAUAAACCGAACCGAAUAUAUAUAUAUACCGCUGCUACACACACACACGCACACAAGCUUUUUGGUUCUGGGAGACUGAGAAAUAGAAGGAGCGUAGCAGAGCAGUUUCCGAUUUCCUUUUUCUCUCUCUCUUUCUCUCUCUCUCUCUCUUAAUCCGGAUUUAUAAGUAUUAGGGUUUCUUCUUCCUUGUAGUGACAUUACUCUCUCUGUGUCGCUCUGUGUGUGUGUGUUUGCUCGGAAGAUUACAAUCAUGGUUGCUGAUUCGGUCACAGACUCUGAGCUCAUUCACGGCUCUCCAGUUUCUAGAGAUAUCUCCAUGAAACGCAAGGCGAAUUGGUUGUGUAAACUGAAGCAGUGGAAGAUUGAUGAUCGUCGCAAGCAAUGGAUUUAUCAAUGGAAAAGAGCAAACGUAGAUGAAGAAGAAAUUGGCCGCAGACUCAAAUCUUUGCUAAAGAAACUUACUGAUAAGAAAGCUUGGAGGAUUGAUUACGAAGAAGGAAGCUACGGAUUCACCAAAUGCCAUGAUGUGGAUGAUGAUGAUGAUGAGAUUGAUCUUGUCAAGACAUCGUCUGCUAGGAGUCCCACGAGUGUACUCAAGAGCAAAGGUUCUGUUAGUGAAGAUUGCUUCUGUUGUUCUGAGCAGAUGACGACUGAGGAAGAGGACGAAGUUUUUGACGAUGCUUAUGACAACUGGGAUGGGUUUAGAGAUGCGUUAAACGCCUUUGACAAUGAUGAAGACGACAUCCCUCAACUUGAGACAGGAGAUUUAGAGCAAGAAGAAGAUCUCGUUCCAAAUACGAGCCAGAGAACCCCUGAGAAGCUCUUCCAUAAAGACAACAAGUACAAGCAUGAUGCUUCUUCACAUCAAAAGACGGUUCAGAGAAAUAGUAAGAAGAAGAAUAAGAGGUCUAACUCUGGGAAUCAAGAAGGUGAUGCAGAAGAAUGUCCUAUUUGCUCUGAGGUGAUGGAUGCAACGGAUCUAAGUUUCCAACCAUGUCCUUGUGGGUUUCGGAUUUGUCUCUUCUGCCACAAGAGGAUCAGUGAAAACGAAGCACGUUGUCCAUCUUGCAGGGAGCAGUAUGUUCAGACGAGUAAUAAUAGUGGAGAAGUAGGUUUCCAGCAACGUGGUCGUGGCACAAUUCGCUUGUCUCCGUCGUUUAGAGGACUUGACAGAGCUUAAGAGAGAAACAAGUUCAAUAGUGUCAUGAAUUUCUUAUCCUAUUUUUGCCUUAGUUCCUCAGAAACAGCAAUUUUGUGGGUUUCCUAGCUUAGAUUGUUGUCAUCUCGGUAAUAAGUUUUCAUUGAUGUUUGUGAAUCAUAUACACAUAAAACGAAGAUUAAUCUUUUACUCAAUA